AUGGCAUCAUCGAGGACCCUCAUAUCGUCGCCGCCCGAUUCCCCUGUUGCGGGGCAAAAGCCUCGGCAGAAAGACGGCCCCAUAAGCUGGCACAAGGUCGCCUGCCACCUGCCAGGACGCAACAACAAGGACUGCCGGAAGCGCUGGCACUACAGCAUUGCCAACACGAUACGCAAGGGCACGUGGAUGCGGGAGGAAGACGAGAGGCUGCGUGAAGCCGUCGAGCUCUACGGCACGCGCUGGAGCAAGAUCGCCGAGGCCGUCGGCACCCGCAACGGCGACCAAUGCUGGAAGCGGUGGUACGACUGCCUCGACCCGCGCAUCGACAAAAGCCCCUGGACACCCGAGGAGGACGCCCUCCUCCUCCACCUCGUCUCCCAAACCGGCCGCAACUGGAGCGACAUCGUGCACCAGCACUUUCCCGCGCGCACCUCGCUCGCCGCCAAGAACCGCUACAGCAUCCUGCGCCGCAAACAAGACGGCCUGCCCACCUCCACCUCCACCUCGCGGGGCUCGUCCUCGGUCCGCCACGCCAAGGCCCGCACUCCGGGCGGUGUCUCUCGGUCCCCCGCUCCGGCGCCGGCUACACCCUCGCUGAGCUCGAGCCCCUAUCUGGGCGUAGUGGCGACGCCGUCGACGACAGCGCUGUCGACGCCCGAGCCGGAGGUGUUGGGGGGUGGUGGUGGCGGUGGUGGGGUGCAGGGGGGAGAUUGGAUGGCGUUGGCGGCGGCCGAGAUUGAUGAGAUGCUGUAUCGGGGGGCGCAGGGGAUGGGGAUUGGGGGGGGGGAGUUGGAUUUGGAUAUGGAGUUGGAGUUGGAUUUGGAUCGGGGGUUUGGCGGGUUGUCGACCGGGUGGGUUCAGCAGCAGCAGCCGCAGGGGUAUCAGUAUCAGGGGCUGGAUUCGUGCCAGCAGGCUGGGGGGUUUGAUGCGAGUUUGGUGGAUCCGAGGAUGCAGCAGGAGGGGUAUGGGAAUGGGGAGUAUUAUGCUGCUCAGGGGCAGCAGCAGUUGGGGGUUGGCGGGUAUGGGUAUGACGGCAGCAAUAUGUUGGGGGUUUAUCAGGGGGGCGUUCAGAUUCAGGUGACGCAGCCGGGCAUGUAUGAUGGGAGUAGUGGGCUGGUGGGCCAGAGUCAGAUGGGGAGCUGGCAGGGCGGGUACGCUGCCGGUGGCUGGUGA